UCUUCCGUGUCGCGCCAAUCGCUUCAAGCUGGGGCCAGAAUUGCUUGCGCCGUUUACGCAAAAAUUUAUUCGCGUUCAAGAACGAUUACGCCUGCGAAACUCCUGGCUGUGAAUAACCCAAAAACUGUUCACCGCAUUUCAUCUAUCACUUUGCAACUUGUUGCCAAGUGCUCAAGUGGAAACCAAGCCAAGCAAAACCAAUGGAGGAAGCACCACAACUCACACGCCGCAAACCCAAGACGCUGCCGCGGCUCAUCGUGGAGCCGGAAGAUGAGGAUGAGGCCUUUGCUGCCGUAUCGGUCGAACAGAUGAGUGCUCGCGGUGUCUUCCUGCUCACGAUGGCUGUUACUUCCUUCGCCGCCUUCACUCUCUUUGCACUGGCAGAACUCACGCACCACCACCCAAGUUUCCUGCUCGCAGACGUCCUGCAAGGAGACACCCAUGCUGGCGCUCAGUGGGCUUUGUUGCUGGCC